AAGCCCUCAACAAGAGUCCCUGCAGCUGCAGUAAUGCCCCCAGAGCUGAAAGCUGAGGUCAACGUCAUGCCUAAGGUUAUCCAGGGGGACUUGGAGAGCCUGCCUCCACAAGUGAGGGAGUUCAUUGAAAGCAAUGCCAAGCUGUGCCAGCCUGAGAGCAUUCAUAUCUGCGAUGGCUCAGAAGAAGAAAACAAAAAAAUUCUGGACAUCAUGGUGGAGCAAGGCAUGAUCAAGAAGCUGAGCAAAUAUGAGAACUGCUGGUUGGCUCUCACUAACCCAAGAGACGUAGCAAGAAUCGAGAGCAAAACUGUCAUUAUCACUCAAGAACAGAGAGAUACCAUUCCAAUCCCUAAAACUGGAACCAGCCAGCUGGGUCGCUGGAUGUCAGAAGAGGAUUUUGAGAAAGCUUUCAACACCAGAUUCCCAGGCUGCAUGCAAGGACGCACAAUGUACGUCAUCCCCUUCAGCAUGGGGCCUAUUGGAUCUCCUUUGGCCAAGAUUGGGAUUGAGCUGACAGAUUCUCCAUAUGUGGUGGCUAGCAUGAGGAUCAUGACACGGAUGGGAACGGCUGCUCUGAAAGCCCUGGGCACUGGAGAGUUUGUGAAAUGCCUUCACUCGGUUGGAUGUCCUCUACCACUAAAAGAACCAUUAAUCAACAACUGGCCAUGCAACCCAGAGUUAACACUGAUUGCUCAUCUCCCGGAUCGCAGAGAGAUCAUUUCGUUUGGCAGCGGCUACGGAGGAAACUCCUUACUGGGGAAAAAAUGCUUUGCUCUUAGAAUUGCCAGCAGAAUCGCCAAGGAAGAGGGCUGGCUAGCAGAGCACAUGCUGAUCCUGGGAAUUACAAAUCCAGAAGGUGAAAAGAAGUAUUUUGCUGCAGCAUUCCCCAGUGCAUGUGGAAAAACCAACUUGGCCAUGAUGAACCCAAGCCUGCCAGGAUGGAAGAUUGAGUGCGUGGGUGAUGAUAUUGCCUGGAUGAAAUUUGAUGAACAAGGCAACUUAAGGGCAAUCAAUCCAGAAAAUGGUUUUUUUGGUGUUGCCCCUGGAACCUCAGUCAAAACAAACCCCAAUGCUAUUAAAACCAUAUUCAAGAACACCAUCUUUACCAAUGUAGCUGAAACAAGUGAUGGCGGUGUCUAUUGGGAAGGCAUCGAUGAGCCAUUACCACCAGGAGUAACACUGACUUCUUGGAAGAAUAAGGAUUGGACCCCAGAUAAUGGGGAACCUUGUGCUCAUCCCAACUCGCGGUUCUGCACUCCAGCCAGCCAGUGCCCCAUCAUGGACCCUGCAUGGGAAUCUCCCGAAGGCGUGCCCAUUGAGGGGAUAAUAUUUGGAGGCCGCAGACCUACUGGUGUGCCUCUCGUAUACGAGGCCUUUAACUGGCAGCAUGGAGUAUUUAUAGGAGCAGCUAUGAGAUCUGAAGCAACAGCAGCUGCUGAGCACAAAGGAAAAAUUAUUAUGCACGAUCCAUUUGCCAUGAGACCUUUUUUUGGCUACAACUUUGGCAAAUACUUAGCACACUGGCUUAGCAUGGCACACCGCCCAGCAGCAAAACUACCAAGGAUCUUUCAUGUUAAUUGGUUCCGGAAAGACAGCCAAGGGAAAUUCCUGUGGCCUGGCUAUGGAGAGAAUUCCCGUGUGCUGGAGUGGAUGUUCAACAGAAUUCAAGGGAAAGCCUCUGCCAAGCCAACUGCCAUAGGUUACAUCCCUGCUGACACUGCUUUGAACUUGAAGGGUUUAGAAGACAUCAACUUAACUGAACUGUUUAAUAUCUCCAAAGAGUUCUGGGAAAAGGAGGUGGAAGAAAUCAAACAGUACUUCGAGGGGCAAGUUAAUGCUGACCUUCCCUAUGAAAUAGAAAGAGAAAUGCUUGCCUUGCAGAUGAGAAUAAAACAGUUGUAGCUGAUCAGAAAUAGAAUUACUUCCCAAUCCACACAUUCUAUGAGAGGAUAGAAACAUUUUACUAAAUCACCACUGAAAGUACAGCAGCACACUGAUGAGCAAGGGUUAUGAUGAAGAAUAGGUCGUAGUUUAGUUAGACUACAGGUGAGGGCAGACCUGGUGAUUUAUAACUACAUCAGUUGUUGUGUAUUGUUGAGCAGCUGUGGGAAUCUGUGAGCACACAGUCUUCAAAACUGUGAUCUGUCACUUGCAUGCACAAUUCUGCACAUACCUAUGAUGUAUGUAAAUUGCUUGCUGACAGCUCAGUAGAUAUAAUCCAGCCUGCAAGGUGUAGCACAUUGUUUCACAACUGCACAUAAACCACGAGAGUCUCAGAUUAAUUUUGUUUUUCAUAUCUCAGCAGCAUCACUUACAGGAAAGAAUGAAAAAUAAAUGUUGUAUAUAUGUAUUAUCUAAACACAUGUCACGACUUAAAUAUUUUGUAGAAAAAUAAAGUUGUAACUUUUAUCAGAGUGAAAGAUGGCUUUGUAUUACUAAUGCAUAUUUAAGAUAUUGCUAUUAUAUGUGCCUCAUGUUACUGUGAUUUCCAGAUGUUUUACAUGGCUUAUUCUUUAAACUAUUGAAAUAAAAGUUUAUACAAAACAUGACAUAAUUUCCAGUAUUCUCACUGUUUAUAAAACUACGUGCCAACAAAUUGGGCCUCCUGACAAUACCACAGCGCAGAGACAAGUUCACAAGUUAGAUGUUGACUAGCAUUGAUCUGCUACUCUUAAGCAAAAUAGUUUAAACAACUACUUUCCUUGCAACCUUUAUUCAAGCCAAAGGAACGAUACAGAAAUUAUGACACAACUGAGAGCUGCCAUCCAGCUAGAUGUGUACUCUCCAUAACUGGGCAUUAUUGUUGCUUCAGACCUUUGUAAAAUAAACUGCCUUCUAGGAAAGUCCUGUAUAAGGACGUUGCUCGUUUGCUGAAGUCUUAGGAUUUGUCUCUGUUCCACAGUACUUUGGCUUCUGCAAAAAGAACUAGCAGAACUGCUGAAGCAAAGAGGGCUUGUGAAAAGCUUUCUAGACUGAGGUGUCUGAAGACUGAGAUUGAGCUGAAAGGGCCUCAGAUUGGUUUCCUCAUAGAUCAAGAUUGUAAAACCAUCCCAUGUUCUCCCAGUUUAAGAUAUCCUUUAUGUGCUUCUCACAUCCUUGGCAGGUAUCACGCUUUUUCACUUUGAAUGCUUGAUCUCCCAAAAUAUAUUGCAAAUAUUUGCUUAGCAAAAAGAAAAUCAUUUACACUGUGUAAUAAGCCUUUUUAUAGACCUUGCUUCCUCCCAAAACAAACAGUAUCAGAGCUGGUCAACAGAUGCCCUUCCAAGUUUGCUAGGAGAGGUCACACAUCCUGAAAAGCUGCUGACUGCCUCCUGGCUUCGCCUGUAGGAGUUAACUCAAACAUCACCAGUUCUGAAACAAGCAAUACGACAGAAGUCGGUAGCUCACACAAAAUGUAGACAGCAGAAAGCUGUGAGGGAAGCAGAGAAGAGCCGUGCAGCCCCUGGAGAAGUGAUUGUCUGUUGGCCUGUUUGCUGCUCAGUAACCCAUCUUCAUGGGUGCGUGUCUCCUGAAUGUGCUCCAGAUCCAAAUCGAUCAGUCGAUCAAGGGGGAAGACUCUAAACAACUCAGUGUAUGCACGCUUCUCUAGGAUGCAAGGAGUGCCAUCGUAUGUAUAAAACAGAGUUAUUUAUAAUUCUGUAGUUGAUUGGCUUGGUCCAUUCCCAAAUUUGUGGCUAUUUGGGAGCUGCUAUUUAGGUAAGAUUGAGGACAAGGAGAUCUCAGGGAAUCCAUCGUGGUAAUAUCAGAGUGAUAGCCAGCUGCAGUCUCAGGAUUUCUUAAGGGCCCCACGAGAGGCUCUUGGUUCUGAACAAUGCCAGAACACUCAGCACGUUUUGAAAUGCUGCCCAGGAGAUGUGCAGAAGUUCAGGGCUUUCCAGAGUGCUACGAAUCUGACAAAGGAGUGGCUCAUGUUUCGUGUCAGAGGAACCCACGCCAAAGGCCCAAAUCUUGCACGUGUAUGGACCUGGAUAAGGGAGUGACCCUUGUCCCAUGAAAUGCUGCUCAGUGGCAAGACAGGUACCAUCAUUGUGAGCCCACAUGACUUACAGCUCAUCCCCACCUGCAGGUAUUGGUGGCACAAGGUGUUGCACUACAGCUAAGGCAUCACUUCAACCUGAUGGCCGCAGCCUGACAGGCUCUGGGCAAACCCUGCUCUGGGUGUUCUUCCCACAGCUCCUCAGAAAAGCUAGCACAAAAAAUUCUGGCAAAAAGCACUUGUGGUCACCUUGCUCCACACGUUUUAACCACACGUACCUCCUCACACACUGCUCAGAGUGAU